CUCUACUUCCAAUACCAGUUCGCCUGAUCGUUCAACGGGCCAGAGAUCAUGAGCAGCAGCGUGGUCACGUCGGAGCGCAUGAACUCAGCAGAGAUGCGCAAGAAGAAGGAACUUGACGAAGCACGAAAGAACGGCACCCUUCCUCCUGAGAAGGACGCUGAUGGGAAUCUUAUCAAUCCACACAAUCCAGACUAUAUUUCCAAGCGGCCAUGGUACUUGGGCGAGUCUGGAUCGUCGUUGACGCAUCAAAUUAACCCGAAGAAGAACCAAGUGCUGUCCAUGUCGGAUGCCGAUGCCCUCAAUAUACGAGCUCUCAAACAGCCAUUGUAUCGCAAGAAGUUUACAAAAGGCGCAUGCACAAAUUGCGGCGCAACGACCCACAAAGCCACCGAAUGCGUCGAGCGGCCGCGAAAGGUGGGUGCUUGGAAGUCGAACAAGAACCUGGCAGCCGACGAAGUGAUCGUGGACGUGCGAUCCGGUCAGUACGGGAAACUUACGUUCGACGCGAAGCGGGACGCAUGGCUCGGGUACAACGCCGACGAACACCAAGCAACGAUUGAACGGUUUGAAAAGAUGGAGCAAGUUCGGAAGACCAAGCGCAUCCAGGAGAUGAACAAGAAUGGAACCAAUACGGCUAAUGACUCUGGAGCGGACUCGGAUUCGGACGGCGGCGGCGAUGAAGACGCCUUUUCCGAGGAAGAGUUUGUCGACAAAGACGGUGGGCGGGUCAUUGCGAAGCGCGUGUCGCGGCAGGGGGGUGUCGGCGGGGCCCAGAUGAUGAUUACAGCGCGAAAUCUUCGCAUCCGAGAGGACACAGCCAAGUACUUGCGCAACUUGAACCCAAACUCGGCGUUCUACGACCCCAAGACCCGUUCGAUGCGCGACAAUCCGAAUCCGGACCUGAACGUGGACGAAGCGACGUUUCAAGGGGAUAAUUUUGUACGUCACUCGGGCGACGCCAUCAAGCUGGCCAAGACGCAGCUUUUCGCGUGGGAGGCAGCCGAGAAGGGCGUGAUCCAAGACGGCGAACUCCAUCCGCAAGCAACGCCAUCCGCCGCAGAGUUCAUGCGCCAGCAGUACGAAGAGAAGAAGCUGAAAUUGGAACAGGAAAAACGACUUGCGAUGCUCGAAAAGUACGGCGAACAGACACCGGCGCCGCCCAAAGAAUUGCUCCUUGCCGCGUCCGAAUCCUACGUCGAAUAUGCUCGCGACGGUCGAGUGGUGAAAGGCGUCGAAAAGGCUGUGGCCAAGAGUAAAUACAUCGAAGACGCGCUGGAAAACAACCACACACAAGUUUGGGGCAGCUGGUACGACAAGCCAGCACACGCAUGGGGAUUUGCGUGCUGCCAUUCCAAAGUCCGCAAGAGUUACUGCACAGGCGAAGCCGGCAAGGCGGCUGCUUCCAGAGAAAACGAUGAAGCACAAGCCCACGCUGCGGUGGUGGCACCGGUGCGAGAGGCCCUUCCGUUGGCCACCUCGGGCGGCCAACCCGCACUCGUGUCGUCGUCUCGAAGCGAACUGUACGGCGACGCCAAGGAAGCGCAAGUGCUGGACCCGAUCAAGUUGAAAGAAGCCGAGAAGAAGCUCAAGAAACAAGCCAGCUUGGAAGGGAAGCGCAAGUACCAGUCCAUGCAAGACGAUGGCGUGGAUGCGGAAACGAUGGAAGUCUACCGGAUGAACAAAUCGAAGCGAGAAGAUCCGAUGGCUCAGUUCCUCGCUAGCGAUGCGUUGCUGCCACACAUGUAGGACGGUGUAAUAAUAUCGCAUGAACGACGAUUUCCCGUCUUGGUACACGACGGAAUGUCCCUC